AUGGAGCUCUCAAACCCCCUGGAGCCAUUCCUGGCUCGUACUGCCCAUUUCACCUCGUCGCUGGGUUCAAGUGACUCCAUCGUCAUAUUCCUCAUUACCCUCGUCGCCAUUCGAUACCUGAGAGGCUACUUGAACAACACGAAGACGCAGCGCUCGCUCAGCGCGGCCUCUGGAAAGACUGGCGCGAGAACCGAUCAGAGCGACAUUGAGGCCAUUGAGGGGGAAGAACAGGAGGAUGAGGACCGCAGCAUCGUUCAGGCCUUGAGAAGGCAGAACCGCAGGUGUGCCGUCAUCUUCGGCUCCCAGACUGGCACAGCCGAGGCAUUCGCCUCGAGGUUAUCACAAGAUGGACGCAGUACCUUCUCCCUGACCACCAUGACCUGUGAUGCCGAGGAAUAUGACUGGGCUGAUGAUCUACACAAUAUCGGAUCCGACCAAGUGCUCAUCUUCGUGCUGGCCAGCUACGGCGAGGGGGAACCCACGGAUAACGCAGCGGACCUGUAUGAGGCGAUUCUAGGCCUGGCUGAUCAGACUACGGGAAGAGAACUACCCAACCUGAUAUAUGCCGCAUUUGGACUCGGGAACAAGACGUACGAGCAUUACAAUAAGGUCGUCCAUGACAUCGACGGGGCUCUGCAGAAACUGGGAGCGCGCAGGCUGGGUCCUGUCGGCGAGGGAGACGACGCUGGGGGCACCAUGGAGGAGGACUUCUUAUCUUGGAAAGCCAUAAUGUGGGACGCCGUUUCCAAACACCUCGGCCUCGAGGAGCACCAAACCACCUACAAGCCCAUGCUAGAGGUGUUGCCCAGAGACGACCUCAGCCUGCAAUCCCCCAGCGUCUACCUCGGCGAGACCACCGCCCAGCAGCUCAAAGGGCUAGCCGCGCCAGCAGGUCCUCAUCAGCCCUUUGUAGCCAGGGUGUCCAAGUCGCGCGAGCUGUUCCGGAUGCCCGACCGUAACUGCAUCCACAUGGAGAUGGACCUCGCCGGCUCAGGACUUCAGUACCAAACAGGCGACCAUAUUGCUGUGUGGCCCAUGAACUCGAGCGUGGAGGUCGAUCGGUUCCUGAGUGUCAACGGCCUUCUAGAGCGUCGCGAUAGCAUCAUCGAUGUCCGAUCCAUGGAUCCCACCGCGAAGCUGCCCUGCCCUACGCCGACCACAUACGACACCAUUGCGCGGUACUACCUCGAGAUUUCUUCCAUUGUCUCUCGUGAGCUGCUAGCCCGCUUUGCCCCCUUGGCUCCUAGCGAAGAGGCGAGAGACAUGAUGGUCAAGUUGAAUAGCGACGCCGACUACUUCACCCAGACCGUAACAUCUCGCUACUUGAACUUGGCCCAGGUUCUCGAGAUGGCUGGAGGGGGCAAGGUCUGGAGCAGCGUCCCCUUUGCCUUUUACCUCGAGGGCUUGAGCCGCCUGAGACCUAGGUACUACUCCAUCUCGUCGUCCUCGCUUCUGCACCCCCAGCGAGUGUCCAUCACGGCCGUUGUCGACACGGCCAACUUGCCAAACCGAUCGGGCCAGUGGAAGGGCGUGGCCUCUAACUACCUUCUUGCCAUCAAGCAAGGCCGUGAGGCCGACGGCAGCAACAACAACGCUACUAGGGGAUCUGAGGGCGCCUCGGCGUACACCACAACCGGACCGCGUGGCAAGUAUGGUGGCUCGCGGCUGCCGGUGCACAUCCGAACCUCCAAGUUCAGACUGCCCGACGACCCAGCAACCCCGGUCGUCAUGGUCGGUCCUGGUACUGGUGUGGCUCCCUUCAGAGCGUUCCUGCAAGAAAGGGUCGCCCAGGUCAAGGCGAAUCUGCCAGUCGGGAAGAUCAUACUGUUCUACGGUUGCCGGAAUAGCACUCAGGAUUUCCUAUAUCAGGAUGAGUUUGAAGAGCACAAGAAGGUACUACAAGACAGGUUCCAUCUCAUCUCUGCCUUCUCGCGAGAAGGCAGAUCCAAGGUCUACGUACAGCAUCGCUUAAAGGAGAACGCCGCCCAGGUAGCCAGCCUCCUCGUUGAGGGCGGGCACUUCUACGUGUGCGGUAACGCUGCCAAGAUGGCCAAGGACGUACAUUCCACCCUGGUCCAGAUCAUGGGGCAGCACCUAGGCGGGCGUGAAGAACAUGGAUUAGAAUAUUUGAGAGUCAUGAGAGCUUCUCGGAGAUACCAGGAGGAUACUUGGUGA